CGCAUCCCACUUCAAAGGCCUCGUACCUCUUGUCAAAUGACUAACACCUCCGGCCCCCAGAGGUCGCACCGGAUUAAAUAUGGACCCAAUGACAGCGGUCAGCCUCGCCUCGGCAAUUGUUCAGUUUAUUGACUACAGCACUAAGCUUGUCGAUGCCGCCAGUGACAUCCAUCGUUCCGCCUCGGGGACGAGCUUAGAGAACCAGAACAUAGAGUUCGUUGUGUCUGAAGUGAAAGCUCUCUCCUUGAGACUGGACCCCCCAAGAACUGGACAGCCGACCGAUGACGAGCAGGCUCUGUGUCGUCUCGCGGCAGAAUGCCGGAUCUUAUCGGGCCAGAUCCUCGAUCUUUUGGAGAAGAUCAAACCGAAAAUUCCUAAGUCGAAACGUCAAAGUGUCUGGUCAGCCAUUAAAACCAUGUGGAACGACAGGGAGAUGAAAGAGCUAGGGCAGCGGCUGCAGAACUGCCGUAGCCAGCUCGAGUUGCAGCUCAACUUUCUCAUGAGAUCCGACACGAAAGCAAGACUAGAAGCUCUGGCACAAGGCGCAGAAGGAGACGUCGCUAGACUUGAAAUACUUCAGAAACACGUUAGCGAACUUCGUCAAGGAGUCACCGUGACUUCUAUGAGCCCCGAGUUCCAAAACCUACUACGGGAUCUCUUGGGAAUAGCUUCUGAGGCGACCAAACGGGAACAAAUCCUCACAGCCUUAGCAUUCAGCGACAUGCAUGGGAGGUUUGAAGACGUCGAGCUUGCUCACUUUGAGACCUUUAAGUGGAUUUUCGACGAAGCUUACGACGACCAUGUGGAUGGUGACGCGAGGCCAGUCGGCAAGCUCAAUGAUAAGGCCAGAUUCAGAGACAUUGAACAUGACUAUUCGAUUAGAGAGCCAUUCCUGCAUUGGCUAUCAGCCGGAAACGGUAUCUUUCACAUCUCUGGGAAACUGGGGUCUGGAAAGUCAACCCUGAUGAAGUUUCUUUGUGAUCAUAGACGCGUUACGGCCGAGCUACAGAAGUGGGCAGGCCAAAGGAAGCUGGUUUUUGCCAAAUUCUUCUUCUGGAAGCCUGGAUCUGAACUUCAAAGGUCCGUCAGCGGUCUUUUCCGAUGUCUCCUUCACGAUGCGCUCCGCAAUUGUCCCGAACUCAUUCCCAGAGUCUUGCCGGACCAGUGGAACAAGGUGUCGACGUCAUUCACACAGAUGGGGGUUGACCUUCAUCUUCGAAACAGCGAGAUUCGCGAAGCGUUCCGUCGACUUAUCGAAUACCGUAACCUAUAUGAGAAGCAUUGUUUCUGCUUCUUUAUUGAUGGGCUCGAUGAAUACGAAGAGACUCGUCAAGAAGAUUACAAAGCUAUGGUUGACCUGCUUUGUGGAUGGACUGAGGCCGCACCGAACGACGUGAAGAUAUGCGCCUCAAGCAGGGAAUAUAAUGUGUUCCUGAACUCUUUGUCAGCCGACAGGAGACUCCGCCUUCAAGAUCUCACAGGGGGGGAUAUGAAGCGGUACAUUCGAAAUAAGUUAGGGCGCCUUGACGACAAAGUUGCUUCCGACUUAGUCGACACCAUUCUUACCAAGGCUAGUGGGAUCUUCCUAUGGGUUGUCCUAGUGGUAAAAUCACUUCGCGAGCGUCUGGAAGAGACCCGGGAUCUUUCCAUCCUCAAGAGAGAGAUUGACACACUACCCGACGAACUGGAAGAUCUUUUCCGGUAUCUCCUCAACACAGUGAGCAAAUCUGCACGCACUACAGCCUACAAAACAUUUGCGAUGCUUGAAGCACUCGAUUCUAGCUCAAGGAACUCCCCAGAUCUAUCCUUAUUCGCAUAUUCUUUUCUUGGAGACUAUGCUAAAGACCCCGAGUUCGCUCUUCAAACACCAUUCCCGUACGCCAGCAUGAGCCCCGAUGCCAAAAAAAGCCGCAUAGGCCAAGCACGAAAGACUCUCACUGGCAGCACGAAAGGCCUUGUCGAGGCAAUCAAUGGCUCGGUCAAACAUAUUCACCGAUCUAUUCCGGAAUUUCUCGAGAGCAGAGAGGUCCGGGAUGAAAUGGCCUGCCACCUUCAAAACUUCGAGGCUGUAGAUGCCGUCUCCCGGUUACUGAUUGCGGAGCUACGAGCGGAGGCCUAUACGUCCGGCACACUCAAUCGGUGCCACUGCAGCUGGGUGGUGUCACGCAUAAUCAUAAUGCGGACGAAGUUCAGAGUUGAUUGUGCGCCAUAUUCCUUCUUGGAGUCGCUGGGGUCUGUGCUAAUUGAGCAUGGGGGUCCUGAUGUGACUCCUAACCCUGUCAAGGGCAUCACCAUAGAGGGCGAGAUUCCGACCGUUAGCGGCGGUGCAAGCUAUUUCCCUUCCUUUACCAUUCGAUAUCGCGAGCCAGACCCACAUGUGACUCGUUCCUUUUAUGUUAUCUCUCCAUUUCAUAUCUCAGCGGUAGUUGGGCUGGAAGAAUAUGUCGCUUGGAAAAUUCUCCACGACCAAAGUAUUCUGAAUACAGAUUUCGAAACGGCGGUCUUAGUUUCCAUCGUGGAAAGCCGCCUUGUGACUAACUGUCCCGGAACGUCUACGCAAAUUCUUGAAUCGCUUCUCGAGCGAGGGUUGUCUCCCCAGACAGUCAUACAUACUUCUAUCACAGAACCCGACAUGUGGACAGACAACGAUCGGACGUUCUGGGAGGACUUUGUGCUUUUGGUCGCCCUAUACUUAGAAGACAAUGGGAGUUUGGAAGGCAAGGAAUUGGUUGGCAAGGCUUUUGAAAAAUUUCUCGAAUAUGGUGCAGAUCCAUCAUUGUGGUUAUCUGCCAGCCCACACCGCCAGAGGGAUCUUGAAAUGAGGGUGAGGAGAAAUGGUAAAACGGUACUCGCAUACCGCCGCUGGAUGGUUGUUCCUGUACACCCUCUCUUUACCAAAGUGGGCGGCAUCUCAUUUCGAGAAUUCGUGGAAUAUUUGGAUUUUGAUAAUAAGGAAUCUCUCCUUGGACUAAUUGAUAGGAAUAUGAAGCAGCAAGGGCGAACAGAAGAGGGGACGACACAGGAGGAGCAUAGCUGGGAACGUAACGCGGAGCCGGCUUUUACGAGGGGAUCAUCAUCGGAGCUAACGGAAACCCGUUCAUGGCGACUUAACACCUGGUUCAUGUCGAUCAAUACCAGCCAUAUUAUGACGUUCGGACUUGGCUUGUUUGUGGCAGCCAUCGUGCCCCACCUCUGGGGUUCGAUCGUCAAAUACAGGUUAAAUCGCCGUUACUAAGAAUUUGGAAGCUGGAAGAUGCGCCAUCUCGGGACGAAGUAACCUAUGAACAUUGUGUGGGCGAUAACGGGGCUUAUUAGAACUAAUCUCACCACACGAGAGCUAGGCAAGAUGGCAACAAGCGCCAUGACGACCUUCUCGUAAGGAUCACGUAUAGAGACUAUCUUGAUGCUAUUAAUGCCCUGAAACGAAGUGAAAGGGAAAACUUACCCCGCCGGCCUGAGCCCUGGUGUGCCGCUUGGUAGGCCGAUUGCCGUGUGCACUAGCAAGACGCUGCCAAGCGCCGCCCCAGAGCGGUUUAGCGUCGGCCACGUACUCACAUAAUUCUUCUUAACGCUAUUCCCAGAUUAACUUAGCUAAGGUAUACAGUACCUCCGCAGAAGUGCGGGGAAACGGGCUGAAUCAGGGAUUUUAACGUUUCCCACUGUUUACUCUCUCUUAGUCUGUGGUUGGUCGAUCA